AUGUAUCGACUUCUUACUGCCGCGUCAACUCUUCUCGCUGUGGCUCAGGGCCAACUGGUGGGAACCCAGCAAACGGAGACUCACCCUGGAAUGACAUGGCAGCAAUGCACGGCGAAGGGUAGCUGUACUACAAAGAAUGGCAAGGUUGUCAUUGACGCUAACUGGCGUUGGCUUCACGCAAAGACCGGCUACGACAACUGCUACACUGGAAACGAAUGGAAUACGACGCUUUGCAAAGACAACAAGGCUUGUGCGUCGAAUUGUGCUCUUGAUGGCGCCGACUACAAGGCUACCUACGGCAUCACUGCGAGCGGCAACUCGCUGCAAUUGAAGUUCGUAACCAAGGGGUCCUACUCCACCAACAUCGGCUCUCGUACCUAUAUGAUGAAGGACGACACUACUUAUGAGAUGUUCAAGCUCUCUCCUGACCAGGAGUUCACAUUCGACGUAGAUCUCUCGAACCUCCCCUGCGGUCUCAACGGUGCCCUAUACUUCGUGUCCAUGGACUCUGACGGCGGUCUGAAGAAAUACUCCACCAACAAGGCUGGUGCUAAGUAUGGUACCGGGUACUGCGAUGCGCAAUGCCCGCGUGAUCUCAAGUUCAUCAAUGGCGAGGGCAAUGUUGAGGGCUGGACCCCAUCUACUAACGACGCCAAUGCUGGUGUUGGUGGCCACGGCAGCUGCUGCGCGGAGAUGGAUAUCUGGGAGGCCAAUAGUGUUUCCACUGCCGUGACACCCCACUCCUGCAGCACGAUCGAGCAGAGCCGAUGCGAUGGCGACACAUGUGGUGGAACAUACUCUUCCGAUCGUUAUGCAGGUGUAUGCGACCCCGAUGGUUGCGAUUUCAACUCAUACCGCAUGGGCGUGAAGGAUUUCUACGGAAAGGGCAAGACAGUGGACACCUCUAAGAAAUUCACCGUGGUGACCCAGUUCGUCGGUUCGGGUGCGAGCAUGGAGAUCAAGCGGUUUUAUGUGCAAGGUGGCACGGUGAUUCCCAACUCGCAGUCCACGAUUGCCGGUGUAGAAGGCAACUCUAUCACGACGAAGUUCUGCGACCAGCAGAAGCAGGUCUUCGGCGACACAUACACGUUUAAGGACAAGGGUGGAAUGGCCAGUAUGGCUUCAGCACUCUCGAAGGGCAUGGUGCUAGUCAUGUCGCUGUGGGACGACCACUACUCCAAUAUGCUGUGGCUCGACUCCACAUACCCCACGGAUAAGGACGCGGCGACGCCCGGCAUUGGCCGUGGUGAGUGCGAAACCGGCUCUGGAGUACCUGCCGAUGUUGAGUCGAAGAACGCCGAUGCGUCUGUCAUCUACAGCAACAUCAAGGUUGGCCCGAUCAACUCGACAUUUGGUUAG